GUCACGAUUCAGGAAAUAGAAAGUAAGAUCGGCAGCAUCACAGGGCUGGAAGAAGAAGCGCAGUCUUUUGCCCAGUUUAUUACCACUGGAGAAUCAGCCCGCAUCAAGGCCAAGUUGACACAACUAAGAAGAUACUGGGAAGAACUUCGAGAGCACGCACAGGGUCUGGAAGGAACAAUCCUGGGACAGGUCUCUCAGCAGCAAAAGUUUGAAGAGAAUCUUAGAAAGGCCCAGCAGUCUGUGUCUGAAUUUGAAGAUAAACUUGCUGAUCCAAUUAAAACAUGUUCUUCAGCUACAGAAACAUACAAAGCUCUCCAAGAACAUAUGGAUCUCUGCCAGGCCCUGGAGUCCCUGAGCAGUGCCUUGGCCGCUCUCUCUGCUGGUGCCCAGAAGGUCGUGAGCAGAGGCUGCUCCGUCCAGGAGGCCGCGUCCCUGCAGCAGAGAUACCAGGGGCUGCUGAGUCGGGCGAAGGAGAGACAGACGGCGCUGGAGAACCUGCUGGCCCACUGGCAGCGGCUGGAGAAAGAGCUGUCGACCUUUCUGACCUGGCUGGAGCGCUGCGAAGCCAUAGCCGGCUCCCCGGAAGUGGACGUCACUGCAGACAGGGUCAAAGUGGAGAGCGAACUUCAAUUGACACAGGCACUGCAAAGUGAAGUUGUUUCCCAGGCCUCCAAUUACAGCAACCUUGUGCAACUGAAGGAAUCACUGUUCUCAGUGGCCUCCAAAGAUGAUGUGAAAAUGAUGAAACUACAUUUGGAGCAGUUGGAUGAGAGAUGGAGAGUUUUGCCACAGAUACUUAGCAAAAGGCUUCACUUCCUGCAGUCUGUGGUCGCUGAGCACCAGCAGUUUGAUGAAUUGCUGCUUUCCUUCUCCGUCUGGAUUAAGCAGUUUCUCGGUGAAUUACAAGCCACGUCUGAGAUCAGCUUAAUGGACCAUCAGGCAGCUGCAACCCGGCACAAGGACCACGCAGCAGAAGUCGAAAGCAAAAGGGGGGAACUGCAAAGUCUGCAGGGGCACCUCGCGAAGCUGGGCGCUCUGGGUCGAGCCGAGGACCUUCACGUCCUGCAGGGCAAAGCAGAGGACUGCUUCCAGCUGUUCGAGGAGGCCGGCCAGGUGGUGGAGAGGCGGCAGCUGGCCCUGGCCCAGUUGGCUGGGUUCCUGCAGAGCCACACCUCUCUGUCAGAGGCGCUCCACCGGCUGAGGCAGACGGUGGAAGCAACCAACAGUAUGAAUAAGAAGCAGACUGACUUAUUAGAAAAGGACCUACAUGAUGCUAUUCAAGACGUGAAGACGUUAGAAUCUACUGCCAUCGGUCUGGACGGCAUUCUCACCAAAGCCCAAUACCAUCUUAAAUGUGGAAGCUCUGGGCAAAGGACUUCCUGCAGAACCUCAGCUGAUCACCUCUGCUUGGAGUUAGAGAGGAUCCAGAACCUUCUGGGAACCAAGCAGAGUGAGGCAGACGCCCUGGCAUCAUUGAAGAAAGCAUUCCAAGACCAGAGAGAGGAGUUGCUGAAAAGCAUCGAGGACAUCGAAGAGAGGGCUGACAAAGAGCGUCUGAAAGAACCCACCCGCCAAGCGCUCCAACAGAGGUUGAGAGUCUUCAAUCAGUUAGAAGAUGAACUGAAUUCUCAUGAGCAUGAGCUAUGUUGGUUGAAAGACAAAGCUAAGCAAAUUGCUCAGAAAGAUGUAGCCUUUGCACCUAAAGUUGAUACAGAGAUAAAUCGCUUAGAGGUCACCUGGGAUGAUACCAAAAAGCUAAUUCAUGAAAACCAGGGCCAAUGCUGUGGGCUUAUUGACUUAAUGAGAGAUUAUCAGAACUUGAAGUCAGCUGUAUCUAAAGUUCUAGAACAUGCCAGCAGUGUGAUUGCAACCAGAACUACUAUAAAGGAUGAGGAGGAUCUUAAAUGGGCCUUAUCCAAGCAUGAAACUGCCAGGAACGAAAUGUGUAAGGAGCACAAAGAAUUGGAUGACUUUACCAGUAAAGGAAAGCAGUUGUUAUCUGAGCUGAAAAAAAUUCACAGUAGUGAUUUCAUCUUGGUGAAAACAGACAUGGAGAGCACUAUGGACAGAUGGCUGGAUGUGUCAGAGAGAAUCGAGGAAAACAUGGAUCGGCUGAGGGUAAGCCUGUCCCUCUGGGCUGAUAUUCUCUCGAAUAAGGACGAGAUCGAAGGCUGGUCGAACAGUUCUGUCCCUCAGCUGGCCGAGAGCAUCAGCAACCUGAACAACAGCCUCAGAACAGAGGAGUUCCUGAAGGAGUUCGAGUCUGAAGUUAGAAACAACGCAUUGAAACUGGAAGACCUUCAUGCUAAAGUGAAUGACCUAAAAGAAUUAACGAAAAAUCCAGAAACUCCAUCAGACCUUCAGUUUAUAGAAGCGGACCUAAGGCAGAAACUGGAGCACGCCAAAGAAAUUACCGAAGACGCAAAAGGGACCUUGAAAGAUUUCAGGGCUCAGAGCACACAAGUGGAGAAAUUUAUUAACGACAUAACAACCUGGCUGGCGAAACUAGAAGAGUCCCUGGUGAACUGCGCCCAAACUGAGACUUGUGAAGGACUGAAGAAAGUAAAGGAAAUGCAGAAAGAACUUCAAAGUCAGCAAAGCAGCAUCAGCUCCACCCAAGAAAACCUCAAUAGCUUGUGCCGCAAGUACCAUUCGGCGGAGCUGGAGCGCCUGGGCGGGGCAAUGACGGGCCUGACCAAGAAGCACGAAGCCGCCAGCCAGCUGUGCUCCAGGACACAGGCCAGCCUCCAGGAUUCUCUGGAGAAACACUUCCAUGAGUCCAUGAAGGAGUUCCAAGAAUGGUUUUCUGGAAUAAAAGCAGCAGCAAAAAAAUCAUCAGACAGAACUGGUGACAGCAAAGUUCUAGAGGCGAAGCUUCGCGACCUUCAGACCAUUUUGGACUCGGUCGGUGAUGGGCAGCGCAAGCUUGAUGCCGUGACUCAGGAAGGACAAACGUUGUAUGCACAUUUGCCUAAACAAAUGGUCAGUAGCAUUCAGGAGCAGAUUACCAAGGCAAACGAGGAAUUUCAAGCAUUUCUGAGACAAUGCCUCAAAGACAAGCAGGCUCUUCAAGACUGCGCUCUGGAACUUGGGAGCUUUGAGGACCAGCACAGAAAACUGAAUUUAUGGAUCCAGGAAAUGAAUGAGAGGUUAAGCUCAGAAAACUCAGGAGAGAGUAAACAGCACAUUCCUGAGAAGAAAAACGAAGUUCAUAGGAUUGAAAUGUUUCUGGGUGAACUCCUGGCUGCCAGAGAGUCUCUGGACAAGCUCUCGCAGCGCGGGCAGCUGCUCAGCGAGGAAGGCCACGGCGCCGGGAAGGAAGGGCGCCUGUGCUCCCAGCUGCUCACCAGCUACCAGGGCCUGGUCAGGAUGACCAAGGAGAAGCUGCGCCGCUGCCAGGCGGCCCUGCAGGAGCACGAGGCCCUGGAGGAGGCCCUGCAGAGCAUGUGGGCCUGGGUGAAGGGCGUGCAGGACAAGCUGGCCUGCGCAGACAGCACCGUGGGAAGCAAGGACACCCUGGAAAAACGGCUGUUACAGAUACAGGUACACCCCUGUGCCCCAGGACUGAUGCGAUUAGACCAGGGCACUUUAGAGGCUGUGAUUAGCCAAUGGAAUGACUACCUGGAAUGGAAAAACCAGUUGGAGCAGUGGAUGGAAUCCGUGGACCAAAAAGUGGAGCAUCCCUUGAAACCGCAGCCAGGUCUGAAAGAGAAGUUUUGCCUUCUGGACCACUUCCAGUGCAUCGUCUCGGAGGGGGAGGAUCACGCCGCAGCCCUGCACCGCCUCACUGCCAGGUCCAGGGAGCUCUACCAGAAGACGGAGGAUGCGUCUUUCACGGAGACGGCUCAAGAGGAGCUGAAAACACAGUUUAAUGAUAUAAUGACCGUUGCCAAGGAGAAAAUGCGGAGCGCGGAGGAGAUGGUGAAGGACCACCUCCUGUAUGUGGACGCCGUGCAGGAGUUCACAGACUGGCUCCACUCGGCCAAGGAGGAGCUUCACCGCUGGUCGGACCCAUCUGGAGACUCGUCCGCCACCCAGAAAAAGUUGUCCAAAAUUAAGGUCAGAAAGUGGACCGAUACCGCCGUUUCGGAUUCCACAGCUUCUUUUGCCAGAAGCCCUGGUGCUCAGGAUGGGAAUUCUCUGCUGUGA